GCCCGGCCCCGGCCGCGCCACCUGCCCCGGCCCCUGCCACUGCCAGGAGGACGGCAUCAUGCUGGCGGCGGACUGCUCUGAGCGCGGGCUCUCCGUCGUGCCUCGGGACCUGGACGCGUUGACGGCGUACCUAGACCUCAGCAUGAACAAUCUCACUGAGCUCCAGCCAGGCCUCUUCCGACACCUGCGCUUUCUGGAGGAGCUGCGCCUCUCAGGAAACCAUCUUUCCCACAUCCCAGGACAAGCAUUCUCUGGUCUCUACAGCUUGAAAAUUCUGAUGCUGCAGAACAACCAGCUUGGAGGGAUCCCCGCAGAGGCGCUGUGGGAGCUGCCCAGCCUGCAGUCACUGCGUCUAGAUGCCAACCUCAUCUCCCUGGUCCCGGAGAGGAGCUUCGAGGGGCUGACCUCCCUCCGCCACCUCUGGCUGGAUGACAAUGCGCUCACAGAGAUCCCUGUCAAGGCCCUCAACAACCUGCCUGCCCUACAGGCCAUGACCCUAGCCCUCAACCACCUCCACCACAUCCCAGACUACGCCUUCCAGAACCUCAGCAGCCUUGUGGUGCUGCAUCUGCACAACAACCGCAUCCAGCGUGUGGGGACCCACAGCUUCGAGGGGCUGCACAGUCUGGAGACGCUAGACCUGAAUUAUAAUGAGCUGCAGGAGUUCCCCGUGGCCAUCCGAACCCUGAGCAGACUGCAGGAACUGGGAUUCCACAACAACAAUAUCAAGGCUAUCCCAGAGAAGGCCUUCAUGGGCAACCCUCUGCUGCAGACUAUCCAUUUUUAUGAUAACCCAAUCCAGUUUGUGGGAAGGUCGGCAUUCCAGUUCCUGCCUAAGCUGCACACGCUAUCCCUGAAUGGUGCUGCAGACAUCCAGCAGUUCCCAGACCUCAAAGGCACCACUAGUCUGGAGAUCCUGACUCUGACUCGCGCAGGCAUCCGGCUGCUCCCACCGGGGAUGUGCCAACAGCUGCCCAGGCUCCGAGUCCUGGAGCUGUCCCAUAAUCAGAUCGAGGUGCUGCCCAGCCUGCACAGGUGUCAGAAGCUGGAGGAAAUUGGCCUCCAACACAACCGGAUCUGGGAAAUUGGAGCCGACACCUUCAGCCAGCUGAGCUCCUUACAAGCUCUAGACCUAAGCUGGAAUGCUAUCCGGUCCAUCCACCCCGAGGCCUUCUCAACGUUGCACUCUCUGGUUAAGCUGGACCUGACAGACAACCAGCUGACCACAUUACCCUUGGCUGGGCUGGGGGGCCUGAUGCAUCUGAAGCUCAAAGGGAACCUGGCUCUGUCUCAGGCCUUCUCCAAGGACAGUUUCCCCAAACUGAGGAUCCUGGAGGUACCCUAUGCCUACCAGUGCUGUGCCUAUGGUGCCUGUGCCAGGCUCUUCAAGGCCUCUGGGCAGUGGCAGGCUGAGGACUUCCACUUGGAGGAGGAGGAGGCACCAAAGAGGCCUCUGGGCCUCCUUGCUGGACAAGCAGAAAACCAAUAUGACUUGGACCUGGAUGAGUUCCAGAUGGAGACGGAGGACUCAAAGCCACACCCAAGUGUCCAGUGCAGCCCUGUGCCAGGCCCUUUCAAGCCCUGCGAGCAUCUCUUUGAGAGCUGGGGCAUCCGCCUGGCCGUGUGGGCCAUUGUCCUCCUCUCCAUGCUCUGUAAUGGGCUGGUGUUGCUGACUAUGUUUGCUGGCGGGCCAGGUCCUCUGCCCCCAGUGAAGUUCGUGGUAGGUGCCAUUGCAGGUGCCAACAUGUUGACUGGCAUUUCCUGUGGCCUGCUGGCCUCUGUGGAUGCCUUGACCUUUGGCCAGUUUGCUGACUAUGGAGCCCGCUGGGAGAUGGGGCUGGGCUGCAGGGCCACAGGCUUCCUGGCUGUCCUGGGCUCAGAGACCUCAGUGCUGCUGCUCACCCUGGCCGCUGUGCAGUGCAGCAUCUCUGUUUCCUGUGUCCGGGCCUACGGGAAAGCCCCUUCACUGGGCAGCGUCCGAGUGGGAGCCCUGGUCUGCCUGGCACUGGCUGGACUGGCCGCUGCCCUGCCCCUGAUGUCAGUCGGGGAAUACGGAGCCUCCCCACUCUGCCUGCCCUAUGCACCCCCUGAGGGCCAGCCGGCUGCCCUGGGUUUUGCUGUGGCCCUAGUGAUGACGAACUCCUUCUGCUUCCUGGUAGUGGCCGGUGCCUACAUCAAGCUCUACUGUGAGCUGCCGCGUGGGGACUUUGAGGCCGUGUGGGACUGCGCCAUGGUGAGGCAUGUGGCCUGGCUCAUCUUUGCAGAUGGGCUCCUCUACUGCCCCGUGGCCUUCCUCAGCUUUGCCUCCAUGCUGGGCCUCUUCCCUGUCACCCCAGAGGUCAUCAAGUCUAUCCUGCUCGUGGUACUGCCCUUGCCUGCCUGCCUCAACCCCCUGCUUUACCUGCUCUUCAACCCCCACUUCCGGGAUGACCUUCGGAGGCUCUGUCCCCGCACACGGGCUGCCAGGCCCCUGACCUACGCUGCUACCAGUGAGUUAGAGAAGAGCUCCUGUGAUUCCACUCAAGCUCUGGUGGCCUUCUCUGAUGUGGAUCUUAUUCUGGAAGCUUCGGAGGCUGGGCGGCCCCCUGAGCUGAAGACCUAUGGCUUUCCCUCAGUGACCCUCAUCUCCUAUCAGCAGCCAGGGGCCCCCAGGCUGGAGGGAAGCCAUUUUGUAGAGCCCGAGGGAAGCCACAUUGGGAACCCACAGCCUUCCCUGGAUGGAGAACUGCUGCUGAGGGUUGAGGGAGCCACGUCAGCAGGUGGGUGCCCAUCAGUGGGUGGGGGCUUCCGGCCCUCUGGCUCAGGCUUUGCCUCACACUUAUAGAUGCCCCUCCCAUUCUUUUCCUCCCAUUUCUUCCCUGUCCUCUCUCCCCUGUCUAUGAAUGAUGGCUGCUUAUAAAAUAGAUACAAUCAGAGCUCAGUGCCAGGGUGGCCCAGGGCCUGGCUCCUUUGGUCUCUCCUCUCCACGGCCACCAAUG